GGAAUGGGUUGCUGUCUGGUGGCAGUAAGCGAGGGCUUAUUUUGGUCCCUUGGCUGUGUAGUUGGUCAGCCUUUACCAAGCUAGUAGUAGGCAAGCGUUGCAGGGAAACAAGGCCCCUCCAGAAAAUACAGGAAGUAACACGUGCAGCUGCUGUGUAACAUUCAAUAGAAACCUGAAGUAUUCAAUCUGGCUCUUGUUACAGUUAUACUAUCAAUAUCUCCAUCUACCUGUUUAUUUAUUAUCCACAAUGCUCAGGACCUGCAAUGUUCUGUAAUCGGAUACCUUAAAGGGCACCUGUUGGCAAAUAAUAUCCCCAACCAAAAGUGUUGGCUAAUAGAUUCCGCACUCUGGUAACUAGGGUUGCCAACCGGCCGGUAUUUUAGCAGCCUAGCUGGUAAAACACCUACCAAGUAGGGUUGAUGGAUCAACCAUCAUUUUUAGUUGCCAGGUAAACUAAUUCCAAAUUUACCAACAUUACAUAUUUACCGGCAAUGUAGCUGCCGGUAGAUUUGAAUACCCCUAACAAAAGCCCUUGGCCCGCCCCCAAUCCCCUCAAAACUUACCUUUUCUCCACCUUCUGGCCAUCAUGUGCUGUGGCUCCACCUCCCUUUUACAUCACAGCCCGCCCCUUUUAUGUCACGGUCCACCCCUUUUGUUUGAAUAUUGUUCGCUCUUUUUCACUAUCACUAGGAAUAUUUUCUUGGAGACUUGUAUUUACCUUGAAGGACAUCUAAGAUUUCCUAAAUAAGACAAUUGGCAAAAAUCAUGUCAGUGGUCUGUGAGACUUCUGCUGGAUGGCUGGUAGACGAGCUUUCACUGCUUAGAAAAUGGUAUCAACAUUCAACCUCAUGUCAGGAUGCAGCCCAUAAAAAGCAACUCUAUGACAUCAAAGAGGACCUGUUUCUGAUCCUCAGACCUCAUAUUCCAGUGCAAUCUACCCCAGCACCACUUCCAAUACUUUGUCCAGAAACAAACCCAGGCACCAUCAACCAGAGAAAGAAACGUAAAAGAUCAUGUGCUUUUAACCAAGGGGAACUGGAUGCAAUGGAGUAUCACAAAAAGAUAAUUGAUUUCAUUAUGGAAGGCACCCAACCCCUACUUCAAGAAGGAUUUAAAAGACUAUUUCUUAGACCGGUUUUAGUAAAUGAUGAUGAUCAUUCUCAAACUGAACCUAGGCUGUGCAAUAACCCCUGCCAGUUGGCAGAAUUAUGCAAUAUGGCUAAAUGUAUGCCUUUGUUAAACCCUGGUGAACAUGCUGUUCAAGUCCUAGAAAGGGGAAUUUAUUUACCUCAAGAAACAAAUGUAUUAUCCUGUAUCACUGAAAACAAGUCAGAAUGUCCAGAAGUCAUACAAUUCAUGGGGGAGAAGUACAUUAUACCACCCAAAAGCACUUUUCUUAUGUCAGAUGUUUCCUGUAUGGAACCGCUCCUACAUUAUAAAAGGUAUAACAUCAUUGUUAUGGAUCCGCCAUGGGAGAAUAAGUCUGUCAAAAGAAGCAAAAGGUACAGUUCUUUAUCACCAAAUGAAAUUCAGCAGCUUCCUGUACCAGUCCUUGCUGCACCCGAUUGCCUGGUGAUCACGUGGGUCACCAAUAAACAGAAGCAUCUACGAUUUGUCAAAGAAGAUCUUUACCCUCAUUGGUCUGUCAAAACUCUUGGAGAAUGGCACUGGGUCAAGAUAACCAGAUCUGGGGAAUUUGUAUUUCCACUCGAUUCUACCCAUAAAAAACCUUAUGAAGUUUUGAUAAUAGGUCGAUUCAAAGGCGCAGGGAAUUCUACAGCAAGAAAAUCAGAGAUUUGCCUGCCUCCAAUUCCAGAACGGAAGUUAAUAGUCAGUGUUCCAUGCAAACUUCAUUCCCAUAAACCACCACUAUCUGAGAUCCUGAAAGAAUAUGUCAAGCCAGAUCUGGAGUGCUUGGAACUCUUCGCACGCAACCUUCAGCCUGGUUGGACCAGCUGGGGGAAUGAGGUUCUCAAAUUCCAGCACAUAGAUUAUUUCACCCCCGUGGAUGUUGAAGACUGACUCCAGGCUUUUAUCAGCUGUUUUUAAAAUACUUUUGAUUUGCAUUUUUAUUUUACCUAUAUAAUGAAAACUGCUCCAAGGGAAAUAAAAGAAUACUAAAUCAACAUUAUGACUUAAAAUAAAGCCAGUUAUUUUUUUGA